AUGAACAAGCGCCAUCACUGGAGGGAUGAAUCAGUGUUGUGUCUACGCAAGAGACGCCUUUGGGUUGUGUCCGUGGACACAGAGUGGGCUCAGAGUGGGCUCAGGCCCGUCCCGCCCCAGACCUCCUUUCAUGGUCGUUUCCGUCGGAUCCCGGCCCACAGCGGAGAGCUGCCCGUGUUUGUUCAGCUCAGUGUGCGAACGCCGUGCGCAUUUCUACCCGAGCCUCCUGACUUCACUUCAACCUCAGAUGCGGAGGAUCUGACUCUCGAUGGCCGUUUCCGACCACAUCACGCUGACUGGGAGAAAGGUUUAAUUACUGCCGAGCCAGCCGCGGAGACGCCUCACGGGGGACCAGACGGAGGGGAAGAGGACGGGCAGGAUCAGGUGAGACGGAGGGGAAAACAGGAGGCUGGUGGUGGAUCCGGGUUCAGACACGCAGCCCUGGAGCUCCAGGUGAGGCCGACGCUGAGCGGGGAGAUCUGUGCCGACACGAGCCGAGAGAUUUGGACGACUUCUGCUGGGGAUCCGGAGGCUUCUCUCCCCAACAUGGCGGAGGGCGUCGCCCCGGUCUCCGGGCCCGGGGCCCCCGUCGCCGGGGGCGACCGGGGGGGGCCCGAGGACGUGGAGUGUCCCGUCUGCUACCAGGAGUACAACCAGUACAACAAGUGCCCCCGGAUGCUGGAGUGCCUCCACGUGUUCUGCACGGAGUGCCUCCAGAGGAUCCAGCUCGCCCAGCACGACCCCUCGGACCCCCGCGGCCCGCCGGCCAUCCCCUGCCCCCUCUGCCGCCACCUGACCCCGCUGGAGACCGGGGACCCCCUGGGCCUGCCCUGCAACUCGCUCAUCCUGUCCCGUUUGCCCCACAUGGCCCUCUGCCUGCCGGCCUCCGUGGCCUCCCGGCUGGCGGCGGCCUCCCAGAGGGUGGUGUUCUCCCUGGAGGGCGGCCAGAGGGACACCCGCCUCAUCAUCCUGCCCACGAUCAGCCUGCGCGUGCAGCAGAGGCAGGUCGCCGCCGCGGCCCCGGGGAUGCUGCUGGGGGGGGGGGGAGGAUGGGGGGGGGGACGCCCAGCAGAGCAAGAGGACGCUGGUCUGCGUGAAGAUGCUGGCCGUCGUCUUCUGGGUGCUGUUCGUCCUCACCUGCCUGUUCUGCGUCAUGUUUCGGCCACAUUUGAAAUUCUGACGGACCUCUUACGUACAACUUUCGGGUUUUAA